CCACCCUCUUUGGAGGCUCCAUGGCCUGCAAUUGUGGAUUCCACAUUAAUAAGGUAAUGACAUUUGAUGUAUCAUCACAUAUCCAUUAAAAUGUUGUUAUGCCAUUUCACUAUAUUUUAUGCCCUUUGGUGGUUGUAUUAGCAGUCUGCCACUGCCACUGCCACUCACUCUUCUGCUCCACCUCCUGCUGCUUCUGAUACGGCUCCUGAAGCGGCUGCUUCUGCCCAACCCUCAUUCCUGAGGCCUCCUCUAAAUUUGACUAUGGUGAAUAUUUUCUCUUUAAUCAAUUAAUGUCUAAUUAGAAUCGUUGUGUAUUUGUUUGAUAGGAUAGAUUUAUGUAUAUGUUUGGGCUAGAAAAAAUUAUGUAAUGAACAUGAUAUCAAUUAACUUUGUUUUUUCUUUUUAAGUUCAAUAAGUCACGCUUUGGUGGGUCAAAGUCGACAAUGCUUAAACCCAACUUAGUGGAUCGGAGGACCCCCAGCCCCUCUCCUACACCCUCUGCAUCCUCAUCUUCUCUUCCCAGCCCCUCUCCUCCUUCAUCAGUGAGGACUGCCUCCACCCCUCUAUCCUCUGUGAGGAGCUCCACCCCUUCUCUGUCUUCUGUGAAGACCACCAGUCCCUCUCCUCCGUCCUCUGAAGGAACAGCUAGGCCUUCUCCUCCCAGCACCUCUCCCGCUCCAUCCUUUGUGAUGACCCCCAGCCCAUCUCCAUCCUCUGAGGAGCCUGGAGGAGUCCAGCCAGCCAGUGGGGCCCCAGCUUCUUUCUGGCUGCCAGGUGAAUGGCCCAAGACCAUCCCUGUGCAGGACCAGAGGUGGAUUGCCAGCACUAUUUUCCACGCUGGCAAGCUGCGGCCAGAUUUGAAGCUGUGGUACGAGCCGCCUGUCCCAGCUCUCAUUUAUCACCAGACACCUACACCUGACCGGUUCUUCACCCAUCGGUUGAUGGUGUGGAUGCCCUACCACCUGUGGAAGGUGAAUGUUUUCUGUCCAGCUUGUGGCAAGAACCUGACAGGCUAUGGUGUCCAUAAAAGAGCACGGAAGGUUCUGGACAUCGAUAGGUACUAUGUCAUGGUGACAGAGACACUCAGGUGCACUGUGUGUUCUCUGAACUAUCUGUCCACUAGCCAGACUGUCCGGGACCAGCUUGACCUGCCGCACCAGAAAAUGUUCCGGCUGAUCCUGACCCGCAAGUGAGUAGAGUAGUCUAAAGAUGGUUAUUGUGAGGACUAAAGAACAUUUAACUGAUCACAGCAACAAUGUGCGAUUUCAGGUAUGCCUGUGACAUCCGUGUCAUUAGGCUGCUUCGGGACCGGACACUGGGCAACAGCCCAGCUCGUUUGGUGCGGCAGUUGAAAGAGAACCAUGGGGAGGAAUGGUUAAAUCGGUUGGCACACUAUCUUGGGGAGUGUGCUGACUUUGUCGAUCGACCCAGCCUUUCUCCGGUGGUCUGCCAGGAGCCUCCAGAGCCAAUUGAGAUCCCCACCAGUCGUUGGCUGCUCUCAGUGUACGGCAGGGAUAUCCUCUCCAGAAUUGGACACAUAAAG